AUGGAUAGUCCCCAUUUCUCAUGGUCAACUCCUACGACCAGCUACGAGGAGGAGGAGCUGCCCCCGGACCCCAGCGAGGAGACACUCACCAUAGAAGCCCGAUUCCAGCCGCUGCUCCCAGAGUCCAUGACCAAGAGCAAAGAUGGGUUCCUAGGGGGCCAGGCAGAGCUGGGUGAGCCCUGGUGGAUCAUCCCCAGUGAGCUGAGCGUCUUCACUGGCUAUCUGUCCAACAACCGCUUCUACCCACCACCACCCAAGGGCAAGGAGGUCAUCAUCCACCGGCUCCUGAGCAUGUUCCACCCACGGCCCUUUGUGAAGACCCGCUUUGCCCCUCAGGGGGCAGUCGCCUGCCUGACUGCCAUCAGUGACUUCUACUACACUGUGAUGUUCAGGAUCCACGCCGAGUUCCAGCUCAGUGAGCCGCCCGACUUCCCUUUCUGGUUCUCACCCGGCCAGUUCACCGGCCACAUCACCCUCUCCAAAGACGCCACCCACGUCCGCGACUUCCGGCUCUUCGUGCCCAACCACAGGUCUCUGAAUGUGGACAUGGAGUGGCUGUAUGGGGCCGGUGAGAAUAGCAAUAUGGAGGUGGACAUUGGCUACAUACCCCAGAUGGAGUUGGAGGCCACAGGCCCCUCAGUACCCUCUGUGAUCCUGGACGAGAAUGGCAACAUGAUUGACAGCCGCCUGCCCUCAGGGGAACCCCUUCAGUUUGUGUUUGAGGAGAUCAAGUGGCAGCAGGAGCUGAGCUGGGAGGAGGCCGCCCGGCGCCUAGAGGUGGCCAUGUACCCCUUCAAGAAGGUCACCUACCUGCCAUUCAUCGAGGCCUUCGACCAAGCGAAGGCCAAGAACAAGCUGGUGCACUCGAUCCUGCUGUGGGGGGCCCUGGAUGACCAGUCCUGCUGAGGUUCAGGGCGGACUCUCCGGGAGACGGUCCUGGAAAGUUCGCCCAUCCUUGCCCUCCUCAACGAGAGCUUCAUUAGCACCUGGUCCCUGGUGAAGGAGCUGGAGGACCUGCAGAACAAUCAGGAGAACCCAUCCCACAAGAAGCUGGCCGACCUGCACCUGGAGAAGUACAGCUUCCCCGUGGAGAUGAUGAUCUGUCUGCCCAAUGGCACUGUGGUCCACCACAUCAAUGCCAACUACUUCUUGGACAUCACCUCCAUGAAGCCUGAGGACAUCGAGAACAACGCCUUCAGCUUCUCGUCCACCUUUGAAGACCCGUCCACAGCCACCUACAUGCAGUUCCUGAAGGAGGGCCUGCGGCGCGGCCUGCCCCUCCUCCAGCCCUAGUGUGCCUGCCUCAUCCGUGCCAGGAGGCUGAGAGGGGAGCUGGAAAGAAAGGCCUCCAGCAGUGAUGGACAGGCCGUCGGCCUAGAGCCAGAGUGGUCCUCACACAUUUCAAACGUCAGGCAUUCCCCCCCCACCAUGCCCAGGUUGCCUCUGAGGUGGGAGCUAGCCUAUUGCAUCUGUUAUGGGGGGGUUGACAAGGAGGUGCCUGGGCUGACCGGUGGGUGAACCUCCAGCUCCAGCUGCCACCAUCAGCCCUUUACUACCCACCCGGCUCCGGAAGCUGCUUCGGACCUCCCAAACGGAGCCUGGAGUCAUUUCCCUAGGCAUCACCCUCAGGCACAUAGUCCAGGCCCUUGUGGGGUGAAGAACAGGGAGAAGUGGGUGCUCGGAAAACAGGGCCACCCCUUUCACCUUACCUUAUCACCCCUUCCCAAAGGAACAUCCAGAAGUCCUGGCAUGGGGUGGGGAUGGGGGUGCCAGAGAAGUGCUUUUGCUUUUGUCCGGAGCUGCCUUCCUGGCCACAGUCCUUGCUGCCCUGUGCCUGGUGUCCCUGUUUGGGUCAGUCUCAGCUGGAGACUUUGGAGGGCAGAACUCUCCUCCAGAGGGGAAACCACACAGUACCCCAGACUUUGGCUCCCAGAGCAGUCUCAUCUAUCCGACCUAUUGAUAGGACCCCCAAACCUGUUUUGGGACUUGCUGAAGGCCAGCUGUGUGGGAAGAUUUACUGUGAAGUAGGCUGCUGCCCUUAGCAAGGGGGUCCACUGAGGGGUCCCUGAGGCCCAGACCCAAGGCACCCCCCUACCAACCCCAGCACAGGGUCACAGUAGACUACUGGAGCCAGAGCCCUGGUGUUGCCUCCUGCCCCUGACACCUCAGUUCCACAGCAGCGUAACCCAGCCAAAGAACAGGGCCUCCCCCAGAGGCGACUGUCAGGGCCCCCAGACCAGCUUGUCCACCAUUGGGUGACUAUUGACUCUCUUUGGCCACUCUUAGGACCUUGUUCACAUCCCAAGCCACUGACCACGGCCAGUCUCUUUUUUAUAGGUGCAGAAAAGUGUUUUUACGUGAACUUUCUCACAGUUUGUAGGUAUUUUUGAUAACCCCAGCUCUAAGGAGAAGGAAGGGGUAGGCUUCCCCCAGCAGCUGCUCCAUGAUGGCUGGAUCUGAAAUCCUGGAUGGAUCCAGCUUGAUGUGUCUGUAGCUGCACCCAUGGGAAGAAACAUUCCUCUCUUCCUUCUCUUCUAGUUUUUUAAAAACAGCCCUCAGAGGGUCAAUACAUCCUUACUCUCCACUCAGGCCCAUGAGGCCCCUAGGGCUUUCGUUAAGGCCAGGGCGCCAAGCCUGCUCCCUGCCCUCGCCCCGCAGGGCUCACUCUGAAACCUGGAAGAGGAAGGAAGGCGGACGGUUCGUCAGACACCCCCCCAGGCCUUCAUCGGCCAAGUUCCCUGGCCUGCCUGCCACUGGAGUAGCCACCCUGAGCCUUCUCUAUCUGAGGCACUUUGUUAAGAUUACGUCUUUUCUCAUUUAAUCCUCGAAACAGGCCUGUGAGGCAGCUAUUAAUCAUUCCCAUUUUGCAGAUGAAGAAACUGUGCCUCAGGGAAAUGACUUGCCCAGCGUCACCCAGUGGGAAAGUUGAGAUUCAGCCUGAGUCUUGAUUCUGGGGUGUUUUGUUUUGCAUUGCACCCCUACCUGUCCCCUGCCUGUUUUCACUGAAGUGAAAAAGAAAGACUUUCAACCCAAAAUGUCUCAUUCCCUUCUGAUCUCUAGACCAAAUGAGGCAUGAGCCAGCAAGCUCAGCCAAGUUCUUUAUGUCCUGGGAGGCCUGCUUCCAUGCCCUUUACAGGGAGGGAGGGUCCCUAAACCUAUCUCUGCUUCCAAGCAUGGGUGCAGUAAGGUACUGACUGCUUGGGCUUUCAGCAUCCUCAUCAGAUGCUUCUACCCAAUUCCCAUGUGCCUCAAAGCUCAUGGUGGGGGAGGGCCCCCAGCUGCCCUCUUGUCACACCUCUGCCACUUCCCUCACCUGUCCCCACCAUGUCCUGUAAUAAAAUUGGAGAGAUAAGGGUGGUUUGAAGUGCCUUUGAGUGGGAUGUUGUUCAGUUUUGUCCUUGAUCUGACUUCCCUGUGGGACUGGCUUGCUAGAUGGGCAAGGGAACGUGGCUGGAAUGCCUUUGGGGACUAUCUUCUCUGUCACAAGAGGGCUUGAGUGACUUUCUUAAAAUAAUUUUGUGAGGGACCUAUAUUUAGGAUCUGAUGCUGUGUUAAUAAAGUCAAACCCAUUGUCUUAGAAGCACA